UCCAUUCCAACAGAAUCAUUUCCAUCUUGAACAUGAAGUGAAGACCUAUCCAGCAGGCCAUGUGCUCCAGGAGCCUUGAGCUGCUCUUUCUUUUUGUGAUGCUGAUGCUGGGCAAGCCAGGAGCAUAUGGAAUAGAAGCUAAGAACUGUACUGCUGCUGUUAAUGUUGAACGGAAUACAGAAUACCGCAUAAAGGCUGGAGAUUCAGCCAUCAUAGAGUGCCCAGUGACAUAUUGCCAAAAGAAGCCUGAAAUCAAGUGGUACAAAAAGAACAAUCAUAGUUCUUUGACUUUGCAUGAUGGACAAAGGCACACAUUUACAUGGAUUAAUGAUAAUGUUUUUGUUUUGAAUUUGUCAUCUGUUCAUAAGAAUGACAGUGGACUGUAUCACUGCGAGAGUAUUUCAGGAGACCAAAAAGACAACAGCCAUUACAUAAACAUCAUUGUCCAAGAUUUCACAUUCAACCACCCACCGCAGCGAGAGUCCCGGGAGAUGCCCCACUUAUUCCAGAUUGGCAACACCGUCUACGCCCAGAACUACAGCAAGGGGCCAUUCUGGAUUCCAGACACAGUGACCUCGGCUACCAGACGAGUCUCCUACGUGGUAACCACAUCUGUUGUCUGCUGUUACUGUGUUAAGUUCAAAGUCACGAUCCACAUAGACCAAGGUGAUCUUUUUGAAUUUGCAGAUGAUGACACAAAUACUACAGAUGGUCAUGGAGCAUCUAAAAAGGACAAGGCAUGGAUUAUUUAUCUCCUCUCAUCUUUGGGUGCACUAUGUCUCAUUGCUGUUAGCUGCUUGGGCCCACUAUAUUUCAUAUGGAGGCACCCAGUUAAAAACAAGAAGAUUUCAUCCGUCUCACAAAGUGAAAUGAAUGUGUUGAAUAGCUAUUCAGAUGUAAAGUACUACAAUGACAAUACCAUUGGUGUCCCAGAUGAAGGAUCUGUGCCACAUCAUGGUGCUGCUACACCUGGCUUGAAGAACAAACAUGGCAGCACUAUCUGUGAUGAUCAAGUCAGUUGCUGGAAAGCAUUUAGAGCAACAUUAAAUCCAGUACAUCAUCAGUCUGCCACCAGUAUCCACCACUUCCCAGGUGAAGAUCAUGAUAUGAUUGUUUAUGCAUCUCUGAGUCAUGGGGAACAUUCUCAAAGAAGUGAACCCUCAGUAGAAAUUGAACUUACAGAAUAUGCCACCAUUGGGCAGAAGAAUUAAAUCUGGCCAGUAUUUUUGUUCUUAUUUUAUAAG